AUGCAUCAACAUGAACAGUCGCAUGGGAACGCAUGUAAUGGGGGCGCACACGAAGGCGGAUUGGUGUGGCGCGGGUGCUCAGGCGGGUGCGACGCCGAAGAUGGCGCGGCGGGAGCGCUCGCCGACGGCAACCUCAACCCAGGAGACAAGUUGGAGGGGUCGGACGCAGCUACGGACGACCCUGUUCACCUCAAGAGACGGGUGGGACUCUUCAGUGGGGUGGCUCUAAUCGUCGGUACCAUGAUUGGUUCCGGAAUUUUCGUCUCGCCCUCUGGGCUUCUAGAGCGCACAGGCUCAGUAGGCAUAAGCUUCAUCAUUUGGAUGGCAUGCGGCCUGCUCUCGUUGCUUGGGGCGCUCGCAUAUGCGGAGCUGGGAACGAUGAACACGUCGUCCGGUGCUGAGUACGCAUACUUCAUGGACGCGUUCGGUGGACCGCCCGCUUUCCUGUUCUCAUGGGUGUCGACAUUGGUGCUGAAACCAUCACAAAUGGCUAUAAUCUGCUUAAGCUUCGCGAAGUACGCGGUCGAGCCAUUCGUGUCGGAGUGCGAGCCUCCACACGCCUUGGUGAAACUUGUCGCCGUUAUUUCCAUAGUGAUGAUUUUGGCGGUCAACUGCUACAGUGUCAAUCUGGCCACGAACGUUCAGAACAUCUUCACAGCGGCUAAAUUAGUUGCGAUCGCCAUUAUUGUAUGCGGAGGGGCGUAUAAACUAAUAUUAGGUAAUACGCGACAUUUACAGGAGCCCAACUUCGCCAGUAGCACGGCCACUCUGGGAAACAUUGCCACCGCAUUCUACACCGGCCUUUGGGCCUACGAUGGCUGGAAUAACCUCAACUAUGUCACUGAAGAGAUUAAAAAUCCAUCCAAGAACCUUCCUCUGAGCAUAAUAAUCGGCAUCCCGUUGGUGACGCUCUGCUACGCGCUGGUGAACGUGUCAUACUUGGCCGUGAUGUCGGUGAGCGAGAUGGCGGACAGCGAAGCGGUGGCGGUCACCUUCGGCAACAGGCUGCUGGGGCCGUUGGCCUGGCUCAUGCCCCUCGCUGUCACCAUAUCCACCUUCGGCUCCGCCAACGGGACCCUGUUCGUCGCGGGAAGGUUGUGUUUCGCGGCUUCGCGUGAGGGCCACUUGCUCGAUAUCCUCUCGUACGUCCAUUCCCUGAUUGCCGUGGCAAUGGUUCUGUACGGAACGAUUGAUUCAUUGAUCGAUUUCUUCUCGUUCACUGCGUGGAUAUUCUAUGGUGGAGCGAUGCUCGCACUAAUUGUAAUGAGAUACACUAAGCCGCAUGCGCCUAGGCCUUACAAGGUGCCAAUCAUAAUUCCGUACAUCGUGCUUUUGGUAUCAUCGUAUCUGGUUGUGGCCCCGAUUAUAGAUAAACCGCAAUGGGAAUACCUUUACGCUGCUUCCUUCAUUCUUGGAGGACUGCUGGUAUAUAUUCCCUUCGUGAAAUUGGGAUAUUCCUUGCCAUUUAUGGAUAAAAUAACCGUUUUCCUGCAAAUGGUGCUUGAAGUGGUGCCAACAUCAACAACUUUCGAAUAU